AUGUCCGGCCUCGACAGUACCUAUGGCGCCCUCUUCAUCGGCGUACUCGUCUCCGCGGUACUGUUUGGACUUACCAUGCUUCAGGUAUUCGUCUAUUUUCAGCAAUACCCGGGAGACAGGCGGUGGAUAAAGGUGGCUGUAUUCUGGCUCUGGUUCCUCGACGCCUUCCACUUCUCAUUAAGCGCUCACUUCAUCUACUUCUACCUCGUCAUCAACUUCGACAACCCGUCCGCUCUUUUGACAGUGAUAUGGAGUUACAAGCUCCGUACUAUCAUAGACGGGUUCGUCGUGAUAUCCGUACACACCUUGUACACCUUCCAAUUAUGGACUCUGCGCGGUAUCGACGAAGAUGUAGAACCGUUCAAAGAGGAGGACCGACGGUGGAGCUCGCAGAAGGUCACGCUUCAGAAGUCGGCCGCUAGGUGGAUUAUGCGGCUAGUAGUCCCAUAUCUCGUGGGCGUUCUGGUCGUUAUAGGUUAUGCUCUUGUGAUUGUUAUGUGUAGUGAAACAUAUAGACUGGACACCUUCGACCGUCUAUCGCACGCUCCCUUUGCAACAUAUGUGCCUCUAGUUUGCUCGACUUUGACAGACAUCGUCAUCGCCGGUUCGCUGUGUUACUUCCUCGCCCAAUGUCAGACCGAGUUCGGAGCGAUGAACGGUGUCCUCCGAAAGCUCAUGUUCUAUACCGUGAAUACUGGUAUUGUAACUAGUCUAUGUUCUAUAAUAGCUAUCUCUAUGAUGAUCGCAUACCCUGCUACGUUUAUUACCGCUGCUAUCGAAUUCCUUGUCAUCAAACUGUACAUCAACUCCUACCUCGCAAUGUUGAACGCGCGUGGCGGCAUUCGCGACGGCCUUCAUCACACGCCUCCCGGUUUCACCCCCAACGCGUCCUUCAUCCUGCAGAACGUCGGCCCGCCUGAGCACAAACACCAGCUCUUCCUCUCAGGAUUCCCGCCAUCCUCCUCCUGCGUACACCUCGGCCACCCCGGACAGCCGCACAUCCAGUUCCAGAGCAUCCGCGAGCGGGACACGUGCCCGGCAGAGCUCUACGCAUUCCAGUUCCCCACCCCAGGCCGCUCGGACAGCCUCGCCAGCGAGGAGCCGUUCCUGCCCCGCGCCCCGCGCCUGAGCCACCCGGACGUCGCCCUCCCCGAGUACGACGAGUCCGUCCGGCUCAGCCAUCCUUUCGCCGCCGGGACUGGGGCCCAGACGCAGGUAGACCUGCCGACGCUCAUGCUCGCGGAGCAGCUCGCGAUCACGCCGCCCAUGCCCGAGUCCGUCUCGCCCAGGUCGCGCCCCAUCGACGCGCGGCCCUUGUCCCCCGAGCCAGAGCCUCGGCACGAGUACAGCGGCCCGUGGGCACAGCGGCGGCCGAGCUGCGCGCACUCGACGACGCUCAGCACCAUCCCCUCCGUGUCCUCCCGAACCUCCGUGCCCUCCAGGGAACAGCACCACCCGCAGGACUACCCGUCGCCCCCGGAACGCGCGCUGUCGCUGUCCCCGCUGCAUUUUGGGACCGCGUCGCUCGGCCCCGCCGCGUCGUUCGACGUGGACGUGGACAUCGUCGAGGGCGUGGGGCCGCCGGUGGUGUACGCGCAGAGGGACAAGGACAAGUACUCGCGGAUGGUGCGCUCGGGGCGCGGGUGGGGCUCGCGCAGCGCGUCGAAGCCGCGGCGGGCGCUGUUCGACGCCGAGCGGGGCGUCGCGGUGAU